CAUAGAGCGGUCUAAGUCACCGGCAUGGGGCUGGGGCAUCUGUUUUAUGGUUAUACUUUAUUUGCAGUUUAUUUAUUUGUUCUACAAUUCCAGACCAACCUGCACAGAAAAUGCAGACCAUUGCUUGUAUUGUUGCAUAUGCUACCAGGAGAUAACAUUAAAGUGCAAAAUUAGAGAGCAAUCUCAAAACUGUCGUCCUUGUCCUGCUUAUGAAAAGUUUAUAACAAACUCCUCCCAGAACCACUGUGGCACAUCGACCUUAGGCCAUACACAGUGCUGCUAAUCUGCACACUGCACAUUGCCUCUCUCUAGUCUCAUUUGCCUUUUGGCUGGCUGAAGAGGAUACAUCUGCAUGGAGGUUUUUAUUGGCCUUCCAUUGUCUCAGUAUCUCUCAUCUUUGCCUAGCUGGUCCUGCUGCCAGUCGGCUGUCUUCACUGUGGGUCUUCCUCCGUCACGUCCCCUGAUGGUAGCCCCCUCCACAGACCUGGUUCCUUCCUCCGCCUCCACAUGCCUCUCUGGUGGCUCUCGCUUCUGGCUCUGCACCUGUCUGUAGGUGUGCGUCUGGCAGGGGCGGCGGUGUCGGACAGCUUCAAAGAGUGCAGCCAGUUCUUUUACAUGCGCACGGCACCCACGGGCAUCCGAGGAGGUAGCCUACGAAGGAUAUGCCAGCGCUACGAUGACAAGCCGCGGUACGCCACCCUAUACGACGCCAGACAUCGCUUGGCCGUCUUCUCGGCGUACACAUUCAAGAAGACGGACGGCAGGAGUCGCAUGGACACGCCAUGGAUGUAUGAACCACAGUUAGCUUCUGCAAACGAGAACGGAAACAUGCGGACGCUGGCCCUUAGUGACGACGCCGACCCGCUCAUUGAGGAGAGCCAGGCGCUGCUGACCGACUACACCGACGCCGUGGAGUACGAGCGCGGCCCGCUCAACCCUGACCAGCACCAGUCCAGCAGCCCCGACAAGGCCUCCACCUACACGCUCACCAACGUGGUGCCGCUGAUCGUCGACUUCCUGGAGGGGCCCUGGACCACCUACACGCAUGUGGUCCGCCGCCGCCUCAACAACUUCUGCCUCGGACCCGCCUACGUGGUCACUGGGGUGACCGUCUCCGGGCUCAGCAUCCACAGGGGGAAAGAGACCCGGUUGGCCGUCCCGAAUCAGGUGUGGUCGGCGUACUGCUGCCCGCGGUACGACCGCAACGCCCCGUACGAGGUGCGCUUCAUGUUCCCCACCUACGCGGCGUAUGGACUCAACCAGGGUGGACAGGCCGUGCUGGAGGUGCCACUGAAGACUCUGGAGAGCCUCCUGAAGAACCACAUGGGCAUGGAAUCUGACCUGGCGCUCUUCCACAGAGACUGCGUGUCAGAGAACACAGCCAAGAAGAAGAAAUAGUGUUUGUGUGUGUGAGUGAGAGUGAGAGACAGAGAAAGAGGGGGAGAGAGAGAAAUCUGAACUUUGAGCCACUUGAACAAUGUGGAUUUUAAUUGUCUUUGCAACACUAUUCUAUUGCGUUUUAAAACUAUGGCAUGGCCAUCUCACCUACAUCCAUUUAUACAAUUUCUGAGACUAUUUUCUUCAUAAUGUACCCAGUUGUAUCAUUGUUUUAACCUCACAAGUAUACAAAUGAAAAAUUAUUAUGUGGUUCUACGAGGGAAGACAUCUCUGAUAGUAAGUAAAUGGAAUGACGUUAUGCACAGUUAGAAUGUGUGAGCAGAAUUUGCAUAUCUAUCUAGAGCUGCAAGUCCUGAGCAAUUCCAGCACUGUCAAUGGACUUCUGUUCUUCACUUCAGUAAGUUGACUGGCUGGAAAUGUUUAUGGGUCUGUGUCCAUAGUGUUUAUGUUGAUUGUAGUCCUCACAUUUAAAUGUACAACCUCCUUUAAAGGUGCAGUGGGUAUUUUUCUUGUCAAGACACUGAAAACAUUUCCUGGAUUGACUAUGAUGUGAAUAAGAGAAACAAUGCAACACUGCUCACUUAAUGGACCAACCGGUUUAAUGAGCUGAUGUUUCGGUCAGUCAGACCUUCAUCAGAAAACAUCAAAGAUUUUCUCCUAGGGGGGGGGGUCACAUUAGCCAGCGGCAAGCGGCAGGUUUCAUAUUGUUCUCUAUGGUUCAGUAGCGGAACGGUGGCAACGCUGGCGUAACGCUAGCGUUGAGCAAUCUGAGCGUUGAACUUGGUUAAACUUUCAAAGUGCAACGCGAGCGCAUUCAAUUGACAAACCGUUUGUGUUGCUUAGGAACGAGAUCAAACUUAUUAUGGUCUGAGUGUUGUGUUACAUUUGCUGCUGCCGCUGGCUGAUCCCCGCCUUAUUCAUAUUAAACUGUACUUUGUGAUAUAGCUGCACCUGUGGUAUUACAGAAGGUGUACAGUCUCCUCUCUGUUCUUUGUGGACUUACGAUGACAACAUAAUAAGAUAAUAAUAAUCAGAUAAACAGUGUUUCCCAGUAUCACUAUGUAAUGUUACAUUUUUUAUGUCUGUUUACACGUCGAGGCCUUAUAAAUUGUGAACAAGUACAUGAAAACACAAAGGAUUGAAAAGUUCCAGGAACAAAUGUGAACAAUUACCCUUUUGGGUAAUUGGGAAAUUUUUUAGCAUUUAAAACCAACUUUGAGGUCAAAGAGCACAUUUCUAUUAUGUAGAAGCUGAAAUAGGUCAUAAACAUUUUUUCUCAAUCCUGCAGUCUCCAAUUCCCAUGGAAGGGCACAGGGGUGUUUCUUGUACAACACUUAUUCAACUGUCCUCCCUUUCUUCACUUACAUAAAUAUCUUUCCAUUGAUAUGAUGCGUCUUUUGAUAUUAUGUUUGAUCAAUCUUAUAGACACCAUGUACAUUACA